GGUAGAUUUAAUAUAGAGCACACACAUAUUCAACAGAUUUUCUCUGAAUUUUUCGACUUUCUCGUGUGACAGUUUAUAUCUAGUCUUUACCGUCGGUUUAUCGGGGGUUCUUCCAUUCAAGGAACACGGAAUGAACAGGUAGUUUUUUUUUUAUCAGAAAAAAAUGUAUAGUUAGCGUUAGGCACCAAUUUGUCUCUCUCAGUUUGGAAAGCUAGCUACCACCAGCAUCGACCCUUUCAGCAACAUUUCCCAUCACUGGAAACCAGCAAUGCAGAAGACAUGACGACAAAGCAAACAGCCUCGUCCUUCUGUCAGUGAUCGUGUUUAGUUAUCUCCUGUGUGUCGGUCGUCCUCGUCGACGAAAUGAAUUUCUUGCGCAAUCGUCUUGUUGUUUUGGGCCUGGUGUUGCUGGCCACGUUACUGCUGUACCUGCUGCUGCCAUCCAUUCGCCAGGGCAGCAUGGAACCAUCUCUUGAGGCUCAAAGACUGGGGCUGAUGGCCACUCCUCCUCCUCCACUUCCAACCAUCAACGUGUCUGUACGCACCGGACAGCUGCCCGGGGACCCGCCACUGUUCUUCCGAGAGGCUUUACCCAUUGAUGGGGCUGGACGACAGAUACUGCCGAGGCUGCAAGUGGUCCUUCUCCACGGCCAGGCCUUCACAUCCAAAACCUGGGAAGAACUCGGCACCAUGGCCCUGCUGGCAACUAAUGGAUAUCAGGCCUUAGCGAUGGACCUGCCAGGGUAUGGAAAAUCCCCGGACUCAGAAGCUCUGAAGACUGACCAGAAUCGAGUGGACCUCCUUUCAAGAUUCAUGGAGUCUUUGGGUGUCAGGGCAGCUGUGCUUUUGAGCCCCUCCAUGAGUGGACAUUACUCCAUCCCCUUCUUCAUGAAGAACAGCGCUCAGCUACAUGGCUUCAUUCCCAUAGCCCCAGUUGGUACCCGAAACUACACUCCACAGCAGUACCAAAAUAUUCAGACUCCCACUCUUAUUGUGUUUGGAGCCCUGGACACAAAUCUGGGUGCCCAGUCCCACAAGAACCUCUUACAACUUCCACAUCACUUCGUGCUCAAGUUGGAAGGAGCUCGCCAUGCCUGCUACAUGGACAAACCCAGAGAAUUUCACCAGGGAUUGAUCGACUUCCUCAGCAAAUUGAAAUGAAAUGCAUUGCAGGGGAAGACGGUAGAAAGACAGAAACAGAAUAAAGACAAGGGAAUACAGAAAGAGGAACACUAGUCCUGUGAUCAGUGGUUUAGUGUGGUGACAGUUCUGCUAAAAUGUACUAAGAUCAGCAUCAUUCACAUAUUAUCAUCACAUGUAGAUCAUUGGCAUGGGAAUAGGUUUUCUUACAUGGAAAAUGGCAUGUAAAAUUGUGUAGUGACCGUUAACAAUACAAUAUUUCAGUUGUUGCCUUUAUAAAAUUUUUUCAAUUUUCCAUAAUGUCACCCAAAAACACAAAACUAGUUCAGCUCAGCUUAUUUUAAAAAAUAGCAUCAGACGUGUAUAGUGGUGAGUUUUGUUUCAUGUGUUUCAUGUCUCUAUUUGCAUGUAAAAACAUGGAAUGUUUUUGCUUAACAGUUGCCAUUUUUGUAGGUGACAUGUAGGUUAUUGUAAAUAUGCAAAUGUAGCAGGUUCCUGUGUUGACAUAGCUUUUGUUCGCUUUACAUUUGACAAACAGAUUUGUAUAUUAAGAUCUGGUAACCAUUCCAACUUACAGGCAAACACAACAAAAGCUGUUCACAACAAAAGCAAACAGAACUGAUACACACUGUAAUAAAAAAAUGUAUGAAAGAAUAUGGACCAUUUAAAAUGAAAAAAAAAUGUUACAUUUAUUUGUAUAACGAUGAUAAAGUUAUAUGUAAUAUAUUUGCAAUAAGUUUGGACAAUCAUGCAAAAAACAAACCUAAAAUAAGAUAUGUGCAUAGCUUAAAAUAAAAACAAAA